AGGAGGUAACCAACCAAGGUGUAGGAUGUAGAUACUAGUGUGAAGAAUUUAGACCGAGCAAAGCAAAGACAAAAUUUCAAAUCCCAUAAAUACCCUUCACCGGUCCACACGCCACCAUUACCCGUCUCCUUAUUUCUCCUUCUUCCCAGGUAUCACUUGCAUGAGACGCCAUUUCCUUUCUCUCUCCUCUCCCUAAACUCCAAUCCCUGCCGAAAUACCGGUUAAUUCAAGGGCCCAGGAAAAAUGGUAUCGGACUCGGAACUCCUGACCCGGCUCAGAGAAAUCCUCGGUACUUCGGACCUCGACACGGCCACCGCCGGCAGCGUUCGCCGGCAACUCGAAGCCGAUUUCGGAGUUGAUCUGUCGGACCGGAAAAAGUUUAUCCGGGACCAAAUUGACAUUUACCUCGAGACCCAGACCGAACCCCAAGACGAAGAAGCAGAGGAGGAGGUCGGUGAAGCCUCAGAGAACGCAGAACAAAACGACCACGUUAAGGAAGAAGACGAAGAAGAAGAGGAGGAGGAAGGGGAAGAGAAGGGAAGCAAAAGGAAAAGGAGAAAAACGGUGGAUAAAGGUGUCGCCAAAAGAGGUGGCUUCAAUAAAAUAUGUAGCUUGUCUCCACAACUUCAAGAAUUUGUUGGGGAGCCUGAAAUGGCAAGAACAGAGGUGGUCAGGAGAAUUUGGGCCUAUAUCCGGGAAAAGGAUUUGCAGGACCCAAAAAAUAGGAGAAAUAUUAGAUGUGAUGAAUCACUACAUUCCCUUUUCCGUGUUAAUUCUAUUAAUAUGUUUCAAAUGAAUAAAGUCCUCUCCAAGCAUAUAUGGCCGCUUAGCGGGGAAGAUGAACCUGUAAAGAAAAAGAAGAAAGUGGAAGAAAGUGAUCAUUCUGUCUCUGAAGGAAGUAAUGUAGCUGAACAGGAGGAAGAAGAGGUGGAGGAAAAAGAGGAGGUGGAGGUAGAAAGAGGUAGUAGACGAAAAGAAACCAAGAAACAAAGGUCUACUAAAGUGGAUAAAGAAGUCAAGAAAAGGGGAGGUGGUGGUGGAUUUACCAAAUUAUGCAGCCUUUCUCCAGAACUUCAAAAGUUCACUGGAGUGUCAGCAUUGGCCAGAACAGAGGUCGUGAAGAAACUUUGGAUUUAUAUCCGGGAGAACAAUUUGCAAGAUCCAAAGAACAAACGCGAUAUAAUAUGUGAUGAGUCAUUGCGUGCCCUUUUUGAUGUUGAUUGCAUCAAUAUGUUUCAAAUGAAUAAAGCUCUGUGCAAGCACAUAUUGCCCUUAAAUGAAGAAGCAGCUCGAGAUGACGCUUCACAAAAGGAAAACCAGUCUGAAGAGGAGGAAGAAGAAGUUCCUUGAAGUCCCACUGUAUCUUGGUGCUGAAUUUUUUGAUCUCAUACCUACUUUUUUGGCUGUUUCGCCCCCCUUGAAGGAUCCGACUGAUAAGCAGAGUACCAUUCAUGAUGAUAAGCUAAAAGAACUUUUUGAGGUCGACUCUUCCAUUGGCUUCUCAGUUUCAGAGGUUCUGACUACUCAUUUUCAUCAAGACAGGACAGAUUGAUGAUGAAGUGUAAAUACUUUGAGCCCAAUUGAAAGAUGGCAUUUUUACACUAGUUGUUAUCGUUUCUGUAGUUUUGUAGUUCUUAUGCUCCUAACAUCUUCAAGCAAUGGAAAUACAAGUUUUGGUAAACUUGUUCUUGCUUAC